AUGUAUCGUGUGCACGAAGGGCUGCUGCUUUACAGCGCAGUGGGUGACGAUGCGGAUCGCAUCGUCGUGCUGAAUGAUUAUGAUCUGCGUAUGCGGAUCAUGUAUGAGUAUCACGAUGCCCCCACGACAGGGCAUCCGGGCCGUGAGAAGACAUACGCUCUUCUCACGAGAGACUUCUACUGGAAUCACCAGUACAAGUGGGUCCGCAAGUACGUACGUGCUUGCGAGGUUUGUCAACGCGUGAAGCCUGCUGCAUCAUCGCAGGCUCCAUUACAAUCACUACCGACACCGUCGGAGUGUUGGCAGUCCAUUUCUAUGGACUUCAUUUUCGGUCUUCCGCCCGACAACAAGCGGAGGACUGGCGUUGUAUCGUUUGUAGACCAAUUCAGCAAGAUGGUUCAUCUUGCUGCAGUACCAGCAGAGGUUGCAGCCGUGCAGACUGCACGUAUGUUUGUUGACAUGGUGGUCGACAUUGUGUCGGACCGUGAUCCACGCUUUACACCGCGUGUCUGCAAAAUGCUCCAGGAUGAGGAGACUUCGAUGGCCCACAACCGACAGCUGUUCAACUCUCCUGGAUCGAAACGCAAGAGGGACCGCGCUCCAGACUUCGCCAUGACAAUUCUACUGGAAGGCUCGGCAGCGCGAAGAACGGGACAGUCAUCGGUGGUCUACAAACUCGCUGCUGACGAAGGUUCCGCCACGAGCAACGCGUGCGAGCGUCUAUUCGCGCAGACGGGGCUCAUUCUGACCCCGCAGAGAGGAAGGCUUGCUAAUGCUAAUUUCGAGGCGCUAACCUUUCUUCGUGCUAACCUUGUGACUAUUACGCCAGUGAUCGAUCUUCCGUAUAAUAAAACACGUUAUCUUCUGAUCACUGCUGGCUACAACAUUGCGUCCCGGGGCAGUAUUUGCUACCGUUUGAGGCACCACAUGUACCAUCAUUCUGAGCGACGUUGGUACAUGACGUUGGCGUGGCAUCUGGAUCUUGUGUUGCUGGUGCCAGGGUAG